UAGAUUUUGAAAUUCAUCAGACAUUGCAGACACGCACCUGUUGAAAUCUGACACAAAUCUCGUCGUCGUCUUUCCUACUAAUUUUUCACUGCAUACAGAGAAAGUAGAGAAGCUUUUCUUUUGUUUUUCGUGUUUUUAUUUUUUUUGGGGGGGUUAUGGUUUGGCCUCUGUAUUUGAACGGUGAAUCUCUGUUUGGAAACAAGCCCUAGACUCUUCCUGUUCGUCGCCUGUGAGGAGUUUUAGGGUUUUUCUUUUUUCAUUUUUCUUUUUUCUUUUUUUUUACUUGGUGGGAGAAAAGCUUGAGAAUCCUGAAAUUGAGACGGUUUGCUGGAGUUGAAUUACAUGUUGAUUGCGAGCCUAAGUUUUGGACUGAGUGUUUUAGAGAGAGAGUUGGAGAGAGAGAGUGAUACGGAUGGAAGGUGGGGGAAGGAGGAUAUCAGCAAGCCCUAGACCAUGCAGUGGUAGGCGUGUAGUAGCGAAGAAGAGGCCUAGGGUUGGUGGUGUGGAUGGGUUCGUCAACAGCGUUAAGAAGCUCCAGCGAAGAGAAAUCAGUUCGAAACGUGACCGAGCUUUCACCAUGAGCGAUGCACAGGAAAGGUUUCGGAAUAUCCGUCUUCAGGAGGAAUAUGACACCCAUGAUCCAAAAGGUCAUUGUUCCAUGGUACUGCCCUUCCUGCGAAAGAGGUCAAAGAUCAUUGAGAUUGUAGCAGCACGAGACAUAGUGUUUGCUCUAGCACAAUCAGGUGUUUGUGCAGCAUUUAGCCGAGAGACUAACCAGAGGAUAUGCUUUCUGAACGUCAGUCCAGAUGAAGUUAUACGAAGCUUGUUUUAUAAUAAAAACAAUGACUCACUUAUCACAGUUUCAGUUUAUGCUUCAGACAAUUUCAGUUCGUUGAAAUGUAGAAGCACACGAAUUGAAUACAUACGGAGGGGUAAACCAGAUGCCGGCUUUGCUCUUUUUGAAUCUGAGUCAUUGAAAUGGCCUGGUUUUGUCGAGUUUGAUGAUGUAAAUGGGAAGGUACUCACCUAUUCAGCACAGGAUAGUAUAUAUAAGGUGUUUGACCUGAAGAACUACACGAUGUUGUACUCGAUAUCAGAUAAACAUGUUCAAGAGAUUAAAAUCAGUCCUGGGAUCAUGCUGUUGAUUUUUACCAAGGCUAGUGGUCAUGUUCCACUUAAGAUUCUAUCGAUAGAGGAUGGUACUGUUCUUAAAUCAUUCAACCAUCUCCUGCAUCGGAAUAAGAAGGUGGAUUUCAUUGAACAGUUCAAUGAAAAGCUUCUUGUUAAGCAAGAAAAUGAGAACCUUCAGAUUCUUGACGUUCGCAAUUUUGAUCUAACGGAAGUUAGCAGAACUGAAUUUAUGACGCCUUCAGCAUUUAUAUUUUUGUACGAGAACCAGUUGUUCUUGACGUUUAGAAAUCGAACUGUGGCUGUUUGGAACUUCCGAGGGGAGCUUGUUACUUCAUUUGAGGAUCACCUAUUGUGGCAUCCUGACUGCAACACUAAUAACAUAUACAUUACUAGUGAUCAGGAUCUUAUUAUUUCUUACUGCAAGGCUGAUUCCGAUGAUCCAUUGUCCGAAGGAAGUGCAGGGUCCAUUAAUAUCAGCAAUAUUCUGACGGGGAAAUGCCUUGCUAAGAUAAGAGCAAGUAACAGUCUUCCAAUGGAGAAUGAAUGCUGUCGUAGUCGCAAAGGUUGUAGUAUCAGUUGCAAUUCAAAAAAGCGGACUCAUACCUCCAGAAUUAGGAGUACAGUAGCAGAAGCUUUGGAAGAUAUUACAGCUCUCUUUUACGAUGAAGAGCGGAAUGAGAUCUAUACAGGCAAUCGACAUGGUCUAGUUCAUGUAUGGUCUAACUAAUGAUUUCUUCAUGUUGUUACUUGUGUCUAUUAGUUUCAUUAUUGUUCUUUAUAGUUGUCAGAAUUGAUUGCGUUGCUUCCAUGCAAGAACUCCUGGAAAAGUGUAUCACUAGAUUGCCUUGUAUCAAGUGUUAAAAUCCCAUGUUUUACCUUAAUUGGUAUUCCUUCUGUACCUGUAUUCAAGUUGAUAUCAUAUUUUAUAGAGUGGCUCUUAACGAUGGUGGAUUUAGAAAUUGUAUUUGACCUGUGUAUUAAAAGUUGAUCUAGUUUCGUUUUUAACGCAUUAAUAUAUGCUAUCUAAGCUUUAUAAUGCUUUUCCUCGUA